AUGCACCAAAGAAGCUCAGUUGUGGAGUACUACUCAAAAUCACUCAGCCCCAUGGCCAAAAGGUACUUAGAAUUUGAAAAAGAGCUAUUUGCAAUAGUAUGCACUCUGAAAAAAUGGUCAAUGCACCUCGAUGAUGAGUUCAACCUACUAAUGAAUGAAAACUAUAUAGUUGAUUACUACCGAAUGUCACGAGAUAAAGGAGUGUCUUGUAGAGUAAGACUGUGGUGCAAAAUAAUAUCUAGCUAUCCCAUCAUCUUCAACGGCCAUUACGAUUAA